CGCGCGCUUACACUCGCAUCCUGACGUCGACACGUCAGAGCGGAGAAGGACAAGGAAACAAGCGCACAACUGGGCACUGCGCUUUUCCGGAGGGCCGCCGGGAGAAGCCGUAAAUUGGAAUUUGUUCUUAGGCGACACGCCGCGUGACCUUGUGACGGCGGAGAGCGAAAGUGCGAAGUGGAGGAGCGCGCUGUCCAGAGCGGCCGACGGGCAGGGGCGGUGUGCGGUGUCAGUUUGUGCGGCGCGAGGGAACGGCGUCCGCACUCAAUCGGUCCCGUGUGUGGGCCCACAAUGAUCGUCUCAUUCUUGGGUUCUCCUCGCGCAGAAGAAAAGCGGAUAAAGCUGGUUUAAAUCGGCUGAACACACAGGCAACAUCGCGCUAACACACAGUAAUGUGCAAGCCGACGGCUGCGAGCUGUCCCGGGAAGCCGCUGUAGUGUAGACGAGGGUCUGCUUGGGAGUGGGGCCGCGAAACAUACAGACGCACACACACACACGAAAAAUAGCGCAUAGCCACAGCAAGUAAACUGACGAGAAGCGCCUGCAGAUAACGUCGGCGACCUGGGCGACUGCUGCAGCGGAUACACUCCGCUUUAACGCGCGAAACAAAAGAAGAGAUCGGCACAGGAAGCAGGACGCCGCUCGUUUUCCUUUCCGAAGGAAUAAAGUCCAUAAAGAGAAACUGUCAUGAUGUUUCCACAAUCCAGACACUCAGCUUCAUCGCAGCAGCUUAAAUUUACGACAUCGGACUCCUGUGAUCGGAUCAAGGAUGAGUUCCAGUUCCUUCAAGCACAGUACCACAGUUUAAAACUGGAGUGUGACAAGCUUGCCAGCGAGAAGUCGGAAAUGCAGCGCCAUUACAUUAUGUAUUACGAAAUGUCAUAUGGGCUAAAUAUUGAAAUGCACAAACAGGCGGAGAUUGUGAAGAGAUUAAAUGCGAUCUGCGCUCAGGUGCUUCCUUAUCUGUCACAAGAGCAUCAGCAGCAGGUACUGGGGGCUAUCGAGAGAGCCAAGCAGGUCACCCCCCCAGAGAUGAACUCCAUCAUUCGGCAGCAGCUUCAGGCUCACCAACUGUCCCAGCUCCAGGGCCUGGCUCUGCCCGUGACCCCACUACCAUUGGGCCUUGGCCAGCCUGCCCUGCCGGCUGUCACCUCCAGCUCUGGCCUCUUCUCUCUCUCCAGCAUUUUGGCCUCACAGGCACAGCUGGCCAAGGAGGAGAAAGCUGCCCGUGAGGGCAGUGACAGCCAUCGCCAUGACGAUGGAGACAAGUCGGAUUAAGAGGGGACCCCUGCAGGCCCUGCGCCCCUUCUGUUCCGCAUUCUCUCCUUCUGCUGCUGUACUCUACUUCUCCUGCUCCUGUGUCACCCCUUCAUUCUGCUUUUUACCUUUUAUUUAUACCACAUUUCAUCUUCUUUAUGCUUGUUUGAUGUGGCCAUCUUUCUUUCCAUUGGUUAUUUCCUUGCUGACCUCCAACCCCCCAAAUUUUUUAGAGUUGUAUUAGCUUUGGCCCCAUUUCUCUUCUUUCUGGUAACUUCUCCUUCCAACUGCCUUACAUGUGUGUUUAAAGCAAAAUGACCCUCCAUUCAAAGUGCAGCCCCCACUUUAAACAAUGAGGAUAAAGAAAACAGUCACAAGAUAUGAUCUGAUGUCUAAGGGAAAGGGUGUUAGAAGACAUUUUUUAGCCAAGAGAGUAGCGUUCAUUUCCUGCCAUUUCUAACCGAAAUGUUUUUAAAUAAUUGUAUUGGAUUCCGUUGCUCUACCUGCUGUAGGAGUACUUAAGAUAACCUUGAACAGACCUGCUUGGUAACAGAAAGCGAUCUUGUAUUAAACUCAUUUCAAUCCCAGCUCACAUCCUGCUCCUUUUACAAAAGUUCAGUUCAAGGGAACACACUGUUAAUGCUACUUUCGAUUGAUCACUGUAAAAAAAGGAAAAAGAAAAUAAGCUGAAAAAUUUGAUGGAAAAGAUUUUAAAUUGAUAUAUUUGUGUGCCUGCAUAUGUAAGUAUGUAUGUCUGUGUGCGUUUAUGUGUGUUGGUGUCUGUUCUGAAAGUUGUCAAAAGCACCUUUCAGUAACUUUUGUUUUACUUUCCUUUAUACUGUCAUUCCACUGAUAGGGAUGCGUUCUGAAGACAAACCCAAAUCUCUACUUUUAAAAGGACUGGAAUGACUGAAGACAAAUCACACUUUCACAGCUGCUUCCGGUUGACAAGAUAAGCUAACUGUGGAUAUAACAAGUGAAGUCGUUUUUGGGAACUAAUGCAGAGAAACACAGCACAUGAUUUAUCUUUCUUUAUAAAAAGCACUAAUCUUAAAUGUUUUCUUCUGUUUGUUUGCUGAAAUGAAAGAGAGUUAGCAUUUUAUAUUCUGGCUGUAGCAUCAGUUCUGAAUCCAGUAGUGAGAAGUCCUUUUGCUUUCAUUUAAAAGAUAAUUUCCUAAAGAUCCCUAGUUCUGCAUAUAAACAUUCCUGAACGCAUGUUUAUUCUUCCAAAAGGGAGCCUGGUAGUCUCGCAGACCCAUGUCUUCACUGGCUCCAGUGAUCCUGAGAACAAGUACAAGUGGCACAGCAAACGAUUUAAGGUGAAAAUUUUGGUAUGGUCUGAAGUAGUUUAUUCCGUUUAUUAAUAAAAAAAAAAUUAAAAAAAAAAAAAACAAAAAAAAUGUGGCAGAAUCAUACAGAACUGCCCCCUGCUUCAUCAUCAUAGCUGGCCAUUGCUUGAAUUUCUGUUGAUAGGUUAUAGUUAAAUAAAGAUAAAGCACAGAGUUAACACCUUGGUGUGAUGAUGAGAAUACAUUGUUUUCUCAUCAGUUUUGAAAUGGACAUUUUGAGGAGAGAAAGGGUAUCACAUUAAACAUUUUCUGCGGUGUUAUCCCGACCAAGCACAGGGGAGACCAGUAUUAACGAGUGUGGUUCUAACAGAGGUCAGUUUGAUGAAAACAUUAGGGGAAAGGUAUCAGACCUUUAUAUUGCUAACAAAAUGAAAGUGGAUAUUGGUUAGACAGUAUUCUUCAUAGAAUCCAUUACUAUUCAGACAAAACCCAGAACUGAACUGUCUGGGUUUUUGAACAUGAGGCAUUACAAUCUCAAAUCCACAUCACCAAAGAGAUGGCACACAGAUGCUUUGUCAACCUGGCAUGUUUUUCAUUCCUCAUUAGAUAGUAAGGAAUUAUUUCCUUAAUGAAUUCUACAUCUGCAGCCUGGUAUUAUUGCAUGUGUUUAGACCUUCAGAGAAAUUUCAACAUAAAUGGCGUGUUAAUCUGGUUCUAAACUGGCCACAGUCAUAUUUAUGUACAUUUUUGUGUGUGUAUGUAUGGAUAUAAACACAAUAUGCUUGAUAUGUGUGUAAGGUUAGUCAAAUUAUACAAAUUAGCUGCUUAGUAGGAAGUGACCAUCAGCAAAAAUAUUAUCAUUUGGUAUCUCUAUGUAGAACUGUAAGGCAGAGCAAGAAUUUGAAUAGCAAAGCACGUCUUCAUGUUGUGGGAAGCAGUUCUCAAUAGAGAUGCAAUUAUUUACCUUUGUAUUCUGGGUCAGUUGUGUUCAGUGUACGUGUUAUUAAACAACAUGGGGUUUAUAAAUUGCAAAGAAAGUCAGAUAAUGUAAACCUAGUCUCAGACAUAUGAAUGGUAUCUGUGUUUUUGUGAAGAGGCUUUUUAUGUAUACUGAUAUACAUAUUAAACAAAGACUGUGUUCAUGGGUGCAUCUCCAGUGGAUGUUCUGGUUGAUUUUGGUGUAUUUGUACUACGGUAUUGUCAUGGUACUGGGGAGUGGCAGCACCAGGAAAAUACCCAUCCCUCAACACACCUCUGACCCCUCCAUUUGGCCCCAUGCCCCUGUUGUCCAUUGCUUGCACAUUCUCUCUUAUAACGAUUUAAAGCAUUGCAUUGUAACCUUAUUGAGCUUUGCAAAGGUCAUUUUUGAUCCUGAUUUUGUGAUAUAUGUAAAACUUUAAUUGUGUACUUUGGCAAGUAAUUCUGUUUUGUGUUAUGACAAUACUGUAACUCCAUUUUAAAAGGGGGAUGAAACUUGAUUUGAAAAGUGUUUAAAUGAAUGAAAAGUUCUGCAGUAAGGAAGUAUUUAUGGUGCCUUACAAAUAAUAAUAAAAAACCUUAGUGGAA